AUGAAUCUCAUCGCUUCAAGCAAUAGCAAGCCGUCGCGGGCGGUUCUCCCGUCCAAGCCCGCCACGGCCGCGGCGCGGGUGCCAGCGGCAAAGCGGGAGGACCGUUUCAUGCGCGGCGGGCGCGCGCUCUUCGCCGCGUUCCGGGCCCCCACGCCGCUGGAGCGCCUGCUGGCCUGUGUGCGCGUCGCGCUGGGCCUCCUGGCUGACGCCCUCAGGUCCAGCUCUGACCCCCAGGACGCGCCGGUGGUCACCCUGGGCCACCAUUACGUGUCGUGCCGCGACGUUGCUCCAGAGGGGGUGAUGACGUCUGGGAGUAGGUUUCACGGCUGCCAGCUAAGGCUGCAGGAGAUCUGCACCUUCGACCCGGACGAGGGUCCCAAGCGCUAUGCGAUGCCGGAGCAGAGGGAGCAGGCCCAGCCGAUGGCGCGGCUGCACUGGCAGCUGGUGCCCGUCGCCCAUCCCAGGGCCAAGCGCCUCGGCCGCGACCUGUCCGUGAAGAUCGAGCUGGCUGGCAACUGCACCAUCACCCUCUGCGGCCCGGCAGGCGCCCAGCACCAAACGCAGGGCGUGCCCACUGGCGCGCGCGCGGCGGCAGCUUCUGCGGCGGCGGAGACGUACGCCGUGCAGCUGCCGUCGCUGGUGCUGCUGGACCCGCUCUCUGCAGAGGGCAGCCCCGUUGCUUACAAGGGCGACCUGAUCGUCUCCUGCCCGCAGACGGGGCUGACCGCCUCCCUGCGCCUGGCGAAGGACCAUUCAGUGCAGGGGUUGCUCGAGCAGCUGCCGCCCCAGCCCGGCGGCACCAGCGGCGGCGGAGCGGCCAUGAGCGGCGCGCCGCAGCAGGCCGCGGCGGGGCAGCAGCAGGUGUCGCGGCAGCUGGGGGUGUUUGGGGGCAGCUGGCGCAACCAGGUGUAUGUGAGCUGCCCCUCCAUGGGGACGCAGGGCAUCGUGUUUGAGUGCUCCGAGCGCAGCCACGCCCCCGUACCGCCCACCCCCGUCCUCGACGCCGUCAACCUGCGCCGCAUGGGGCCGGUGGGGUCCCCCCGGCUGUGGACGGCGCUGCACGACGCAGUGCUGUACUCAGACCCCCGCGCAGCAUCAGGCGGCAAGGCCGCAGCCAAGCUGGCGGACGCGCUGGCCGCCCACCUGACCGGCCUUAACCUAGGCAGCGCCGACACACGCGACGCCCCGGCCGGCGCGGGCGGCGACGCCGGCGGCGGGGCCAACGGGAAGUGCGCGGGGCAGGCGGUUGACCCCGACAUCGACGCGUUUGACCGCGCCGUGGAGGGGCAGGGCGGCGGCUCCAAUGACCAAGGGGACCAGCGGGCGGUGCCGCCGUGCUACAAGGCCCAGCACGCCCAGGGGCGGCGCCUGUGGUACACCCUGCACUACUCGCUGCUCGACGCCGAGCCCGCGGACCCCUCCGCGCCAAACACGCGGCCCGGCUCCGCGGCGGGGCGGCCGGGGUCGGCGGCGGGGCGGCCGGGGUCGGCGGCGGGGCGGCCGGGGUCGGCAGCGGGGCGGCCGGGGUCGGCGGCGGGGCGGCCAGGGUCAGCGCGUCCAGGGUCGGGUGGGCGGUCCCAGUGA